AUGAAGUCCUUCAGGAUGCUCCAAGGACUCGCUAGUGUGUUUCUGGUACUGGUGUCCGGUGCGUUGGUGUCCUGUCAGAAGGAACAAAACAAUUCCGUAUUGAACGAGCCGGACUUCGAGAUCCCCGAGUACAUAUUACCGUGUAGUAGAUCUGAUCCAAAGAUAGAAGCAUGCUUCCAAAAGACGCUGAAUCAUCUUCAACCGUAUUUAUUGAAAGGUAUUCCUGAUCUGGACCUACCUCCCAUCGAACCGUUAAUUAUUCCGGAGCUCGGAAUGGAAAAUGGACAGGGUGCAGUGCGUAUUCGAGCUUUAUUUUCCAAUAUCACCGUGAUAGGGGCGGGUAAUUAUUCCAUUACCAAGGCACGAGUCGACGUGAAUACGUACAGGCUCGACCUUCACCUCGCGUUCCCGAAAAUCGAGCUCCAAGGCUACUACGAGGUGGUCGGAAACGUGCUUCUGUUUCCAAUUCAGAGCCACGGCGACUUUUGGGCUCUUUUUGGCGACGUACUGGCCAUCGCCCGUAUCCAGGGGGCCGAGGAGAUUCGGGACGGCGUUCGUUACCUGAAAGUCGCUCGUAUGUUGGUGGACUUCAGUCUGGGCCGGGCUCGGUUUCGUAUAGUCGAUCAGCUGAACGGCGACAACGUGAUCGGCCAGGCGAUGAAUCAGUUUCUCAAUCAGAACGCGAAGGAGAUCAUCGAGGAGAUGAGACCAGCUGCAAGCGCGAGCAUCGCGAAACACUUCAAGGACUUCCUUGGCAAAGCCUUGACCAAGGUGCCGCUGAAAGUUUGGCUUCGGGACACGUAG